AUGUGGCACAUGAGCACAUCCCGCUUAUACAACGAUCUUUUUCCCCUGCACGGCUGGUGGACGAAUACAGAGCGCAUGCAAGACAGCUCAGACAUACAGGUGGUGUAUCUACCAGCGCUGCUACCCAGAGAGGCGCAGCUUGCCUCCGAUAAACAAGCCGAUGACAUCCCAUUACCGUACAGCUUCGACGCUUUUGGAAGGAAUUUUGAGCUUCAAUUAGUGCCGAAUCGUCGACUGGUCUCCCCUGAGUUUCGAGUGUGGUCAGACCAAGGUCAGGAAGCCACGCUCUCCGCGGUAGAUCCUUCAUGCCACUUUCAGCACGCUGGGUCUAAUGCAGUCGCUGCGUUCUCAGCAUGCAAAGAUCAUGCUCUUCAUGGAUUGAUUGUCGUGGACAAUUCUACUUAUGAAGUACGGCCUCUACCACUCGGUAGCGGGCGGGCGGAAAACGGUAGCGGCCGCACUGCCCAUGUUAUCCGUCGCGCACCGCCGCCCGCGCCGCCCGGCGAUGACGCACGUCUGCUACGACCGCGCGUGCGCAAACCACGCACCUACCCCCCACGACUCAAGCCUGGCCCACCAAACUACACCAUCGAAAUAGCCUUAUUCCUUGACGAGGCUGCUUACAAAAUAUUUUACCCUUAUCUCAACUACAGCGAGUCAGACCUUCGUGACAUGCUUUUGGCAUACAUAAAUGGUGUACAAGCUUUGUAUCAGCACUCCUCUCUGGGCACUCAUAUUCAGCUGUCUCUCGUACGCCUGACGCUGCUUCGAUCACAACCAUCUUCACUGCCAGCGCAUGCAGAGCGCGGCCGAUUGCUGGACUCGUUCUGUGCGUACCAGCGGUCGUUGAAUGUAGACGACGACGAUGAUCCUCAGCAUUGGGACAUGGCCUUGCUGCUAUCAGGGUUGGACUUCUAUUCGGAGGAAGGAGGUCGUCGGAAUGGUGUGACGAUGGGUCUGGCGCCAUUUCUACUGGCCGAUAAUAUGGGUCGUUCUGUAAGAUUAUUUCGUCUUUUCAGUUUGGGAAUGCAUCACGAUGGGACGGGUAACAACUGCGCUCGCGACGGCUACAUCAUGUCUCCUUCACGAGGGACGAACGGCGAGGCGUCCUGGUCCACAUGCAGCGCCCGCGUCGUUGCUGAUUUGCAAUGGGCAACUUGCUUGUUUGAUGGCUCCGAUGAUUUGGAUGCGCCCAGUGAGCUGCAGCACGAGAGAUUUGGAGGAGCUCCCGGCGCUAUAUGGAGUGCUAAGAAGCAGUGUGAGAUUCUGUUACGUGACGCUGACGCUGCCCCGUCCCCCAGCGGGCCGGCGGGCGAGCACUGCUCCCAGCUUGCUUGCCGCACGCCGCACCGAGCUGGGUACUACUACGCUGGACCUGCACUGCCUGGAACGCCUUGCGGAAUGCAUAUGUGGUGUCAAGGGGGCGAGUGUGUGCCGUCGAAGGCUCUACCAACAUCGAGUACGACGUCGAAACCUGACAGCGACGCCGACAGUAUUGUAUCAGGAGGCUGGAGUCCAUGGCGGGAAGCAAGCUGUCAGUCGGGCUGUUCCGAUAGAAGUCGAGGUUUUCGGGAGAGGCGACGAGUGUGCCUGAAGCCGUCAAGUGACGCCUGCCACGGAGCUUCUUAUGAUGUCGUGCUGUGCGAUGAUACUAAGGUUUGCGGUAAGAAGACCCGUGUGGGAGCCAGUGAGUUGGCGUCACGUAAAUGUGCGGAGUAUUCAUCGCUUCUGCCAGAGCUGGACCCUCGUGGAGGUGGGCUACAGGCACCGCACGAUCCCACUCGGAUGUGGAUGGGUUGCGCGAUAUUCUGUCGACGUGCUUCUGGAGGUGGUUUCUAUGCACCACGUGUUGAGCUGAACGAUGCAGGCAAGGAUCCAUACUUUCCUGACGGUACCUGGUGUCAUAACGAUGGCAGUCAAGACUAUUACUGCCUUCAACACCAUUGCCUGCCUGAGGUGAGAUCAUAGCUAAUUAUGACUGUUUUGUGUUGGUUGAGGUAAUCAUUUGUUUUACAGUAAGUUACAUCAUCUGUUAAGUUGUUAUUCAUCGUUA